AUGGCCUCUCGACCACGACGCGGGCCCAAGCGGCAGGCUGGCUCGACCUGCAAGCAGAGGUGCUGCUACAAGAACUGCAGAUCCCAGACUGAUGUGAAAAACAGCAGCUUCAGUCUGCCCGUCCGCAAAGUGGAUCAGACGAAAGCUCGCACCAUGCACAAGUCUGCAAAGGUGGCACGCUUCUGCUCGAAACGACAUCUUGACAUGACCAAAGGCAAGCGUUCAGCAAGGAGACCCUACGGGCAACGUGAAAGCCUUUCACAAACACAGGUGGCACACCUCUUUGGGAUAAUGUGCUGUCUGGCUGGGGCGCCUUGGGCAGCAGUGAUGCUCCUCAUAUCAGUCUCUACAGGGGAACGGGUCGACGCAGUUCGACAGAUCUGCACCGAUUGGCUCUCCGGCCUGCAGCCCGAAGAAGUGGGCAAGCCAACCAUUACCUGGCCAGACGUGAAUCUGAAGACGACUGCGCGGUGUAGCGUUCUAGAUGCUGGCGUGGCUACAUUGCUCUGGCACUGGAUCUCGAAGAGACCCCUGUGUUCCGAUAAAAAUGAUUCUCAGUGGCCCUGGCCAGCUCAAGAACUGCAACGAGACAUGCGAGAACGAACCUCGUCCUACCUCUUCCCUGGGCAAAUGCUCGGCGGAAAGCAUGAGCGAAACCCGCACCGCCCUGUCACAGCUAGAGCCUACAAUUAUGUGUGGGAGCAUGCACAGAAGAUCCUCAAGGCACAGAUCGACCGCGAACGCAGCCUUGGCCGAGCUCACUGCUUCGAGGACGUCGACCUCUCAAAGCUUUCGUCCCACUGUGGGAAAAAGUCUUGUGUGAACAUGCUUUCGGAGAGUGGAAACCCCAUCAGCGUUGCAAGCGCCCUGACUGCCACGACACCUAGUGUGCUCCAGAACUGCUACAUUGCUCAAGCUCCGCCAGAAGUGCAAAGGCUUGCGGUCCAAGGCAUGAUGGGGGGUGUGGUCUCGGCCGUCCAAGGUGCCAAGGCCUCCACGGCGGCAACGACGAUCCGUUGCAAGUCCUGCAGCCGCCUGUGCCGACCGGAAGACAAAUUCUGUGGCAACUGUGGGAUUAGACUGGAAACGACGAUCCAUUGCAAUUCCUGCAGCCACCUGUGCCAACCGGAAGACAAAUUCUGUUGCAACUGUGGGAGUGGACUCGCGAAGACUGCGCGUUCCUAA